GUUGUCACAAACAGGUGUUGUCAUGUCCAUGUCAUUUCUGUUGUCAACAAAGUAGUCUUGCAUUAAAUAGUUGAUAAGAUAAGAUAAUAUUCGUCAUUUUAUACAAUGUAAUUUAAACUCUUGGAUAACAAUUCUUCUCAUAUUAUAGCUUUUAUAAAAUAACAUAGAUCUGACUUUUUUAUGAAUAUUUCUUAAACGCCAAAAUGUCUUUCCUUGAUGUAGAUCCCUGGCUGUAUGAAUAUGAGUGUUGCGAAAAAUUAUAUCGGGAUAUAAUGGAACUACUUACACAAAGAGAAAAAUAUCCAAGGAUCAGUGAUAAUUAUUCUAAAGCAUCAGCUGUUGUCCGAUUGCGUUUAAAACAAUAUAAUGAAGAAGUUAGUCAGUUACAUCUAAAAUUGGAAAAUAAAUCUGGCACAGGGAGCAUAACACCUGCAGAGUUUGAGAGAAGAACUAGACAAAUUGAAACCUUACAUUCAAAAAGUAUUCAAAUGAAAAAAAUUUUCGAUGAACAAGUCGUUAGUAAAUCACAAGAAGAUAGAAAAGAUUUGAUUGGAUUUGGUACAGCCAACCUAGAUGGUCCAAGUACAAGUUACUCGGUAAAUGAUCUUAAGGAAGCCCAAAAACGAAUGAUAGGACAACAAAAUGAGGGACUCGAAAAUUUGUCAAAAAUUAUUUCUAGGCAAAAAGAUAUAGCUACUACUAUAACCAAUGAAGUUGAUUACCAUAAUGAUCUACUGGAUGAUUUGGGAAAUCAAAUGGAUCAUACCGACACUAUACUAGGUACUGCUACAAGACAUAUCGAAGUUGUGGACAGAAAAGACAAAACUUGUGUAUAUUGGGUGAUAAUAAUUUUAUUAUUUAUAAGCAUUGUAACAGUUUCUGCAAUUUAAUAGAUAAUAAUCCAUACCAAAGCUUUUAUUAAUCAGAUUUAUUAUAAACAUAUCUUUAUUGUGUAUAGUAUGGCAUUUAUUUUUAUAAAAUAAACAUUUAUGUAAA